AUGAGAACAGCUUCUAGCCCUUUACUUCCACUUCUAGUUUUCAGUACGAUCAUGCUAGCCUUACUCCAUCCUUGCACUUGUAGGCAUAUCAGCUGGGCUACCUAUGAAGAAAGACAUCAAAUGAACGCCAAGUUUUCUUUCCCACUUCCUGAUCAUCAGCACCAGCUGCCUCCUAUUUCUCACACUGAGAAAUUCAGUAAAGAUGACAAGGGCAAGAAAUUGUUUGGUGCAUCUCAUAAGGUUGUCCCUGGUGGACCUAAUCCACUUCAUAAUUGA